CAGUGCGCCUCAGCCCUCAGAAAACUUCACUUCCCACAAUGCUCUGCUCCAUUCUCAAGCUCUCGCACAGGAUCACAGACGUCUUUCAGGAGGAAAUAACGGGUAGAUAUUUGAUGUCCCGUGACUGCUUUCUCGUUUUAAAUCCUUGCCACCAACAGGUGCUCGACUCUCCGUUUCUGAGACUUGUUGUGGAAAUCUGAGCUUCAAAAUAGGAAACAUGGAAGAAAGACCUUCAAACCAGCUCUAUUCAUUAGUUUUCUAAAACUAGGUUUACUAUCUUCCAUCAAGAGCUGUUUCCCUUUUGUAGCCUUCUCAGUUUUAUGUAGCCGUUCCUGGAACUUCUCCAUUUUGGGCACGGGAUCGUUUGAGCUGUUUACCAGUGCUGGAGGAAAGGCCUAAUCCCAAGUCUUUCUGGAGAGCGCUAAGACACUGCCUGACUCGGAGCUGACAGGAUUAACUUCAUAUUAGAUUUGCGAGACAAAGGAGGAAGAACACCUGCUUGUUUUUACAGGCAAAUCCAGGCCACGCUGCUCUGGGUUUGUCUUGGUUUUGAAUCUUGUAUGCGAGGCGCCACCUUCCAUUGUCAAAUUUGGCACAAUUCGUGCACUUCCCAGAAUUGCCUCCUGUUGUCGGAAUUUACAAUCCAAAAUCAUUCAGAAUCAAGGUCAGUUGUCCUUGAGAGCAGAAAAGGGACGUUGUUCGUGUUUGGCCGUAAAAUAUUAACGCUACAGACUUUGUUGGAUACAUUAUGGCGUUAAAAGCAUAGUACACAAGCAGAUCUGCAUUAUUAGUGUCCGAGAAGACCCAUCAGCCAAGCUGGAAAGAAAAAAAAAGGCUUAAGAAAGAGGGGGCGUACUGAGCCAGGUCGUUCUUAUUCCACACUGGUCCUUUCUCUGCUUGGUGGAAACCUGCAUUCGUUGUGAUGGCUCCUCGACCGACUCAGACAGGAGCGACCGCUGCUGUGUGAAGGACUACACUCAACCCUCAUCCGUCAGAUAAGCAGAGGAGGAUGAAACUGAAGAAGCAGGUGACCGUUUGCGGUGGGGCCAUCUUCUGUGUGGCCGUCUUCUCUCUCUACCUGAUGUUGGACCGCGUCCAGCACGAUCCCGCCAGGAGACAGAGCGCCGGGAACUUUCCGAGGAGCCAGAUUUCGGUGUUGCAGAACCGCAUCGAGCAGCUGGAGCAGCUCCUGGAGGAAAACCAUCAGAUCAUCAGCCACAUCAAAGACUCUGUGCUGGAGCUCACAGAUACGGGGGCCAUCUCUCCCAGCGGACAUCUCCCCUUCCGUAGCGCCAAUGGCUCCUGGGUGCUGCCCUUCGAUGGCAGGCCCACCUUUCUCUCCGUCAAGCCAAUGGAUUGCCAGUUCGCACUGGGCCGCAGGAGCCAAACUGACCUGCAGAUGCUGGAUGUAUACUCCUUGCUGAACUUCGAUAAUGUGGAUGGAGGUGUUUGGAAGCAAGGUUUUGAGAUCACCUACGAGCCCAACGAGUGGGACAAUGAGCCCCUGCAAGUGUUCGUGGUCCCUCAUUCACACAACGAUCCAGGAUGGAUCAAAACAUUUGACAAAUACUACAAUGACCAGACCCAGCAUAUCUUCAACAACAUGGUGGUGAAGCUGGCAGAAGAUCCCCGUCGGAAGUUCAUUUGGUCGGAAAUAUCAUUCUUCGCCAAAUGGUGGGAAAGUGCAGAUGCACCUAAACAAGAAGCAAUGCGCAAGCUAAUCCUCAGCGGACAGCUCGAGAUGGUGACGGGAGGCUGGGUCAUGACGGAUGAAGCCAACGCUCACUAUUUCGCCAUGAUUGAUCAGCUCAUUGAAGGCCAUCAGUGGCUGGAGAGAAAUCUGGGUGUGACCCCUCGCUCAGGCUGGGCCGUUGAUCCGUUUGGGCACAGCGCCACGAUGCCUUACCUACUGAAACGGGCGAACAUGACCAGCAUGCUGAUCCAGAGGGUCCAUUAUUCCAUCAAGAAGCACUUUUCUGCCACACGGAGCCUUGAGUUCAUGUGGAGGCAGGCCUGGGACAUUGAAUCGAGCACAGACAUGUUCUGCCACAUGAUGCCAUUUUACAGCUACGACGUGCCUCACACGUGUGGCCCAGACCCGAAGAUUUGCUGCCAGUUUGAUUUCAAGAGGCUGCCGGGCAGUCGAGUUAAUUGCCCUUGGAAGGUGCCACCACGAGCCAUCACAGAUGCCAACGUGGCCGAGAGAGCUGGGGUUCUGCUUGAUCAAUACCGUAAAAAAUCCAAGCUGUUCCGUAGUAAAGUAUUGCUAAUUCCUCUGGGGGAUGACUUUCGCUACGAUAAAGCAUUAGAGUGGGACCAGCAGUACUUCAACUACCAGAAACUGUUCGAUUACAUGAACUCCCACCCAGAAAUGCAUGUAAAGGCCCAGUUUGCAACGCUGACAGACUACUUUAAUGCGGUGUACAAGGCUAAUGGAGUUUCCCAGGGGACAAGACCACCCGAUUACCCUGUGCUGAGCGGAGACUUCUUCGCCUAUGCAGACAGAGAGGACCAUUACUGGAGUGGAUACUACACCUCACGUCCCUUCUACAAAAACCUGGACCGUGUGUUAGAGUCUCACCUACGAGGGGCAGAAAUUCUCUACAGUUUGGCGGUGGCUCACGCGAGGCGUGCGGGCAUGGAAGGGCGUUACCCCAUUUCAGAUUACUCCCUCCUGACCGACGCCAGACGCAACAUAGGGCUGUUCCAGCACCAUGAUGCCAUCACGGGCACUGCCAAGGAGGCUGUUGUCAUCGACUAUGGAAACAGGCUAUUACGUUCUCUGGUCGGACUGAAACGAGUGAUCAUUAAUGCUGCACACUUCCUGGUAAUAAAGAAUAAAGACAUUUACCGCUUCUACCAGACGGAGCCUUUCUUAGAGACGGAUGAUAGACGCGCCACACAGGAUUCUCUCCCACAGCGCACACUUAUCGAGCUGGAAUCUUCUCCCAGGUAUCUGGUGCUGUUUAACCCUGUCGAGCAGGAGCGUCUGUGUGUGGUCACAGUGCUGGUGAAUUCGGCAAGAGUGAGGGUGCUCACAGAAGACGGGCAAACGUUACCGGUUCAGCUCAGCGCGCAGUGGAUGUCUGCUGUUGAGAUGAGUGGAGAGGUUUACCAGGCCUCUUUCAUGGCACGUCUCCCUGCUCUGGGAUUGGCCAUCUUCCACCUGUAUGACUCUGCUGACUCCCCCAUGACCCUGCGCUCUGAAACGCUGCUCAGGAUACCGGGGCGGGGUCAGAGCAUAAGAAGUUUGGAUCCUCUGCCUGUGCGAUCGCAAACGGUAGACGCCCAACCGUUCUACAUCCAGAGCCAGUCUCUCACUCUAGGCUUCUCUGGAACCACAGGCCUGCUGGAGAGCAUUCGACGUAAAGAUGAUCCCCAGGAGGUGAGGGUACAGAUUCAGUUCCUUACAUACGGAACUCGACCCUCCAAGGAUAAGAGCGGGGCCUAUCUCUUCCUGCCGGAUGGAAAUGCCAAGCCCUAUUCGCAGAGAGAAGCCCCUAUAGUGCGUGUGGUGGAGGGUCCUCUCUUCGCUGAGGUUGUGGCACAUUAUCAACACUUCCAGCAGACGGUCCGCAUUCAUAAUGUUCCAGGAGUUGAUGGUCUUUCUCUAGACAUCACCACCAUGGUGGACAUUAGAGAUCAAAAUAACAAGGAGCUGGCCAUGCGGCUGGUUACCGACAUCCAGAGCGGAGACACUUUCUACACAGACCUCAACGGCUUCCAGAUCCAGCCUCGCCGGUACUUCCAGAAACUUCCGCUGCAAGCUAAUUUCUACCCCAUGCCCACCACAGCAUACAUUCAGGACAGCCAGUACCGGCUCACGCUCCACACAGCCCAGGCACUGGGCGCCAGCAGCCUAGCCAGCGGUCAGCUGGAGGUGAUCCUAGACCGCAGACUGAUGCAAGACGAUAACAGGGGUUUAGGGCAGGGCCUGAAGGACAACAAACGAACGGCCAACCGCUUCCGCCUUCUGCUGGAGAGGAGGAGCAGCAGUGGAGAUCCUGCUGGCUCCUAUGCCAAAGUCACCAACAUGAUAAACAAAAUCAUUGCAGGUAUUUUAGGAGACGGCCAGCAAGAGCCGGUGAACAGCAGACCGGUCAGCUUCCCGUCGCUGCUCAGUCACAUGACCUCCACCAUCCUGAACCACGAGGUGCUGGCACUGCCUGCGUUGCCCAGGAAACAUGGCGUGCCACCCAUGCGUACCUUUGCUCCAUUGGCUGGCACCCUGCCCUGCGACUUCCACCUGCUGAACCUCAGGAGCAUCCAAAGCCUGGACGCUCACUCUCCAUCUCCCCAUACGGCUCUGCUCCUCCAUCGACUGGGCCUGGACUGUGGUCUGGAGGCCCAGAACCCUGGUUUCAACUGCUCCACCACACAAGGCCAGCUCUCCGUUUCUGGUCUGUUCCGUGGGCUGGAUCUCCAGCUCCUGCAGCCCAUGUCUUUGUCUCUGAUGCACUCUCAGCCUCCGCUCUCCAACGACUCCUCCAUCAAUCUGGAGCCAAUGGAGAUCUCCGCCUACAAGCUCAAGCUGUGCUAGAGUGAUGUUGCACCAGAACCGGGCUCUCCGUGUGGACCCUUGGAACCUGUGCUAAAGCAGAGAACCACAGCUGGAUGAGCAGAGGACUCUUUCGGAGAUCGUUUAUCCAGACUUAACGUAUCUGAAUCAACACGAAGGCGCUAACUAAACCCUCAAAACGGGGGGGGAAACAUGAGGAUGAGAGCGUUCCAGCCAAAGUCAUAUUUGGUAGCCGGUCUGGGUGCUGAGAUAAGAAUGUCCGGGCUUUUUUUUUUUUUUUUUUUUGUGAGAUUUUAUCAGUCAGAGCGCUAAUCGGUCAACAUCUUUUUAUUCCAGCAGCCGACCAUUAUUUUUAGCUAUGUCGUCUUGUUUUUUCCCUUUUGUCUUUGGCUGGAACCGCUGACCGUUUCACAUUCUUUAUAAUCAUGCUGUCAUCCCUCGAGUCCGUACUGUAUGUAAAUAUCUCAGAAGUUACAUUCACAACUGGAUCUAUACAAAACUGUGGGACUCAGUGCAAUAUGUGAAGCUUCUCUUGCUGCUUUGUUUCUCCAUUUUAUAUGUUUUCUACUCAUAAAGCCUUGGAAGCUACGCUUGAAUCCGUGUCACUGUCGUUUGAGCUCACGCAGUUCUUUAUUCUCUACUGUGGACGUUCUGCCCACGCUCGGCGGCCACAUGGUUUUUUUUUUUUCUAUGAAUGUCAAUCACCACGCUCGGCCUGCAAAGGCUGUCAGUGCUGUAACAGACGCGGCAUUUACAGCUCUCUUUCUUUCAGGAUGGCUCGCAACACUUCGUUGACAGCAGAAGACGUCCACGAUCUGACAGUGGUCAGGUCUUCAGAUGGCUCCUUCAUUGGUUGGUUUUUUUAAUAGGUUAUGACUCAAAUCACACAGUGAGAGCUUUAUGAUCUUUUUCCUACCUUUUCCUUUGUGCUUUCUGUUAAUGAAUAAAGCUGCUUAAUAAGCUAGCUGUGGAUUAUCUGCAACAUAUUUUUGUUAUAAUUACCAUUUUCCAUAAUGUGUUACUUGGCAUAGCAACAAGCCACAGAAUGUGCGUUUAUAUUUUGUCAUAUUAUAUGCUGGUUUGAUCCAUAUUUUAAUGCCGUUCGGGAUCAGAUGUUAAAGAUAUGCAGCGUUUGUCUUAUUAAGACCUAGAUCAGUCUAUGAGCUUACUUGGACGUCAAUAUAUUCGCUUGAUAUACCUUCUCACAGUAUUUUCAGGUAAAGGUACCAGUGCGGGUAGUGACGGGUUCCUUUUGGUCAGAUUUAGCCAAUUUCCCACAUGAAAAUGCAUUUAGGCCUUAUCUCGCUGUAGGAAACCCAUCCGUAAUGUGUAGCAGAGCCAUCUCAGUCGUCUCUUCUGGCUUUUGUCUGUCACCUUUGGUUUGCUUGAAUCUGACAAUUUUGAACAUGAAAAUGCUGUCUGUCCUUCAACCUAUUGUGUCGUCUCAUGUCUUGCGUGUCUCUGUCUGAUCCAGGAAAAUCUGUACUGUCUCUGAUUUGAAUUAUAGAAAAAUACUCUCACUUUUCUGACUUUUUUUUUUCUUCUCUUCUCUGACUUUCAAGUCCAGGCCUGAUUAUCUCUGUAGUGCGCCCACGUCCAUUUACAUCAGUCAGACCAUCAGCUGGCUUCUCCAGCUAAUCAAGUUCCUGAAAAGCGUCCUAUCAGGAAGAUAAUUCCCCUCAGGAGGAACUCCGAGUACGGAGUGCCAAACGUCUGUCCGAUUGCUUUGGAACAGAUUUUGGCGCUCAACGCGGGGCACGCUUGCUAUUCCAGAAUGUUCUCCCCUCUGUAAUUCAGUCUCUUCUGCUUCAAAUUCUCUGUCUGUGCAUUUCACUGCCAUGCUUGUUUUUCCUAUGCAUAUGCUUUCCAUUCUGACCGAUAUCUUUGUUAGAUGUCCUUUAUUUGUGUUGUGUGUUCUGAGAUGGAAAAGGUUUUCAGUUUUCAUUUUUUUUUCUUAAGAAAUGAAAGUGAAUUGAGAGGUUAAUUUAUGUUGUUUUUCUUUUUUCUAUUGAGAGCGUUCAUAAAAAUGACUCGUACAAGCAAAUGCAAAGACAUUAAAGUGGACGUUUAAUAAAGAUCACACAUGGAAAAAAAAGUGA